AUGGAAAAGGGUGAUCACUCAAGCAAAGACUGUGUGCAUGUUUUGGAGACUUCGGGUGAGGGUAUAGCCCAAGGAGAACAGGCCCUUUCUCUUGUUUUUGAUUGUAGCGUUCAGCAUUUGGUAAAUGAUGCAGAGGCAGUAAAUGCAAAUGAAGAGCCUACUGCUCCAAAAACCAUGGUUCCAAUGGAUGUAGAGAAU